AUGGUGGAUGAUUAUGAAAUGUCCAAAAGAUUUGGGUAUAAGGCUAAUAGUAAUUUGGUGAUUCAAACUGGCCAAAGAAACCGAGAAAAUGUACCAACGGGCGAAGCAGAGAGCUUGGCUGGAAGGAUUAAGUACAAAAUGGGAGAUUUAGCCAAUAAACGAUCAAAACCUAAAAUAAGAGAGAAAAAGCAGGUAAAAAAAAGAACAAAUAGGAGUAUUGUUAAUGAAAAUGAUUCUGGCAAUAUCCUAGAUUUAGACUUGCGAAAUACAGGAAGCUCUUAUAUUCCAACUACUAUGGAAACAAGACUUGCUUAUGAUGAAUUAUUAGGAAUUUUGGCCGAUAUUUUGGGAUCACAGCCAAGUAAAAUACUGGAAGAUAUAGCUUUUGAGUUACUUUUAGUGCUUAAGAAUGACGAAUUAAGAGAUGAGGAGAAACGUAAGAAAUGCAAAGAAAUUAUUAUUCAAUUAAAUAAUACUACAUACAGUGAUAUAGUAGAUAAGAGUAGGAGAUUGGUUGACUUUACUCUUAAUAUGGAAGAAACUGUUGACUUUCAAUAUAAACAAACUGAGGAAGCCUCUGAAGUCGCCGUAAUUUUUGAUGAAAGUGAUUCUGAUAAUAAAAAAGGUGAUAUUUCAGAUGGAGAUGAUAUUAGUGAAGAUGACAGUGACAGUGAUAGAAGUGAUGAUGAGGAAGAUGAUAAUGAAGAUUAUUAUGAAGAUAAUGAAUAUUAUGAUGAAGAAGAUGCCACUCUAGAUAUUGGAAAAGAUGAAGCCGAGAAUUACCUUAAUGAAGAUAGCUACACUAAUGAUACUGGAAAUAAUGAAAACCAGGAACAUAUUGGAUAUAUAAGACUGAAAAAUAAAGAUGAUCACUUGAAUGAAAAUGAAGAUCCUGACAUUAUUGAUAUUUGGAAAUUGGAUGCUUAUUGGCUACAAAGAGAGCUCUAUUCACUUUUUCAAGAUGCAGAGAAAUCUUUAGAUAUAGAAAGAAAAAUUAUUUCUAUUUUGAAUUUAGAGGAUGACCAAGAGUGUGAGAAUUCUUUGGUUAUUUUGUUUAAUUAUGAACAUUUUAAUUGGAUCAAAAAGGUUUUAAAAAACAGAUGGAGUAUAUAUUUUUGUACAAUUCUUGGUCAAGCACCUUCAGAUUCUGAAAGGGAAAAGAUCAUAGAUAGAAUGAGAGACCACCAACAUGGAUCUGAAGUUUUGGAUUUAUUUAGUAAACCUUCAGUCUGGAAAAAUAAAGACUCUGACUUUUUUAAGUCAAUAAAUAAGUACAUUGAAGAGUCUUCAGUAAAAAUUGGUGAUUUUAAUGAGGGAGAUAAAAGCGCAUUGUAUUCCAGGAGAUACCAAGCAAAACUUUUAGAUCUUGACAGAAUUUACCAGGAACAGAAUUUAAAUUUGAAUUUAAACACAAAAGUAGUACUUCCUCAGGGAUCAGAACGUACAGAAAAUACAGACUAUGACUCUAUUACCAUUCCUCCAUUAAAAAGACAAAUGAAGGAAAAAUCUAGAUUAAUUUCUAUAGAAGAGCUUCCAGAAUGGAGUAGAGAGUGUUUUAGAUGUGUCUCAGUUUCCUACUUAAACGAAAUUCAGAGUAAAGUUUUUCAUACAGCUUUUAAGGAGUUUGAAGAAAAUUUGCUAGUUUGUGCUCCAACUGGAUCAGGAAAGACUAAUAUUGCUAUGCUUUGCAUUUUAAAUAUAAUUUCACAGUUUAUUGUGUCUCAAAAUAAUGGAAAAUUUACAUUGGAUACUUCCAAAUUCAAGAUUGUAUAUAUAUCUCCAAUGAAAGCUUUGGUAUCAGAACAAGUAGAAUCUUUUAGGAUUCGGCUAAAACCUCUUGGGAUUCUGGUAAAUGAAAUGACUGGUGAUACGCGGAUCAGUAGAUCACUCAUAGAAAUGACUCAAGUAUUUGUCACUACACCAGAGAAAUUUGAUGUAGUAACCAGAAAAACUACUGAUGGACUUUCUGAAAAACUAAAGUUAAUAAUACUUGAUGAAGUACAUAUGUUACACGACUCCAGAGGGUCCAUAUUGGAAGGAAUUGUUGCUAGAUUCAAGAAUAACUUUACGAGAUUAGUAGGAUUAUCAGCAACAUUACCUAACUUCAUAGAUGUUGCAGAGUUUCUAGAUGUUAAUCCAAAAAAAGGACUUUAUCAUUUCGGUCCAGAAUACAGGCCGGUUCCACUUUUACAAACAUUUAUUGGCAUUAAAGCAAAGAAGGGGUUUAGAAAGUUACAACUGAUGAAUAGUAUUGUAUAUGAUACAGUAAUUAAAGAUAUAACAAAUCAUCAAAUUUUAGUUUUUGUUCAUUCCAGAAAAGAUACAAUACAAACUGCAAAGUUCAUUAGAGAUACUGCAACAGAAAGUGGAAUGCUUAACCUCUUUUUUCCUGGUAAUAAUAAUGUUUCCAGAGAAAUCAUUUUGGAUGAAUUGAGUAACAUUAAAUCAAAUAAUCUUAAGGAAAUAUUACCUUGUGGAGUUGGUAUUCAUCAUGCUGGAUUAGUGAGAUCUGAUAGAAAGGUUGUUGAGGAUUUGUUUUCUGAUGGACAUAUUAAAGUUCUAGUUACUACGGCAACUUUAGCUUGGGGUGUAAAUUUACCAGCUCACACCGUUAUUAUUAAAGGCACUCAAAUUUAUCAGCCAGAAAGAGGAGAAUGGACAGAACUUUCACCUUUAGAUAUGUUACAAAUGAUUGGAAGAGGAGGAAGGCCCCAGUACGACAAUAAUGGCCACGGAAUUGUGAUAACAGAUUUUGAUCAUUUAACUUACUAUCUUUCUUUACUAAAUCAACAACUUAAUAUAGAGUCUCAACUUAUUCCAAAAUUACCAGACCUUAUAAAUGCUGAGAUAUCUCUUGGAAAUCUUCAAAAUAAAAAAGACGUUCUAAAAUGGAUUAAAAAAACUUUCUUGUAUAUUCGAAUCAUAAGAAAUCCAAACUUAUAUGGCCUCAAUAUUGAUGAAAUUAUUAACAAAAACAGACAGAGUGAAGAUUUAGUAGCUGAUGAUGAAGAUACUCUUGAUGAAAAAAGAGAUUUAGCAUUUAAAAAUGCAGUUGAAUCUUACUUAACAAAAUUAAUAGAUACAGCUCUUGAUAGAUUAGAGGCUUGCAAAUUGAUCCAAUAUAACUAUAAAGAUGGACAUAUUGGACCACUAACUCUAGGAAGAAUUUCUUCUCAUUUUUACUUGUCCCCAGAAACAAUUCAGGAUCUUGAUAAGCAAUUAGUUCCUAAUUUGUCAGAAAUUCAGUUAUUCAGAUUAUUUUCAACAUGCAAAGAGUUCAAAUUUCUUAUUGUUAGAAGUGAAGAAAAGAUUGAAUUGGAAAAGCUUGUAGAUAAAGUUCCGAUACCAAUACAAGGAGUUGGGUCCAGCACUGGUGUUGAUGAUAAUGAUAAUAUUGGUAAUAUGGUGGAUCUUGAUACUUUUACUAAAGUUAACGUUUUGCUUCAACUUUAUAUAACUGGAACAAGAUGGAUUAAUGCGAAACUAACCCUUCUUUCAGAUUUGCACUUUAUUGCUCAAUCUGCUCCAAGAAUAUUCAGGGCUAUUUUUAACUUGGCUAUUAAAAGAAGAUGGUCAAUAUUAGCUAGAAAAACACUUAAGAUUGCAACGAUGAUAGAAAGAAGAUCUUGGGAAGCUAUGUUGCCUUUAAGACAAUUUAAAGGUAUUUCUGAAGAAGUUGUCAAGAGACUAGAAAAGAAAGACAUUAGCUGGAAUACUUAUUAUGAUUUUACUAGUAAUCAACUAGGUGAAAUGCUCAAAUCUUCUAAACUAGGUCCUGUGUUGUAUAAUUUGAUAAGAAAGAUUCCAAGAUUGGAAAUGUCUGGGACUAUUGUUCCGAUAGACUCAAAGAUUUUACAAUUGGAUUUGGUGAUAAAGCCCAAUUUUAUAUGGGACAGUAAGGUUCAUGGUCAAUCUAUGACAGGAGAUGUCAAUACUGACGAGAUAAAUACUGGUGAAACAUUUUGGAUUUUAAUAGAAGAUUGUGAUGGUGAAUAUUUAUAUUUUUCAGAUAUGAUAAUAAUUAGACCAUCUUUUAAUGAAUUGAAUAGUAAUACUGAUAAUGAAAUAAUGAUGCAAGAUGAAUAUUAUUUAAGUUACCAGAUAUUCUUAGAAAAGAAGGGUAUUAAAAAAAGUUAUGACCAAGACGAUAUAAUUCCUCCAUUUAUAUUUGUAAGGGCUGUUGCCGAUAAAUGGUUACAUUCUGAAACUAGUAUUUCUAUACCAGUUGAAAAUAAAAUAAUACUUCCAAAGAAUCAAUAUGAAAAUACUGAAUUAUUGGAUUUACAGCCAAUUGGAGUAAAGAAAGCAUUUUCUGGUUCUGGUUUUGAAAUCUAUUUAAAAAAGAUGUUUAAUAUUGAGGAUAAUGAUAAAAAAGGUAAUAUUCAAGAUUACAGUUCAUUAAAAUUAAAUAGUAUUCAGACACAAUUAUUUAAUUUGAUUUAUAAUUCAGACAAAAGCUUUUAUUUAUCAUCACCUCCUGGAAAUGGUCAGUUUAUUUGUACUUGCAUUGGUAUUCUAAGGGAAAUGAAAAAAGAUUCACAAUUUCAAUCAAAAAACUUUCAAGUACUUUUUUUAUCAUGUAAUAAGGAUAAAGUUGAUUAUUAUGUUUCAAAGUUUGAAUCAAUUUUUGGUAUGAAUCAAAUAGUUUCUGGUUUAAAAGGAAAAACUUCUAUUCAAAUUGAUCAAGAAUUAAAUUCUAAAAGUAUAAUAGUUUCAGAUAUUGAAACAUGGGAUAAUAAUGUUGGUAAAAAACUAACAAAGACACGUGACCUUGUUAAGAGAUUAAAACUUUUAGUAAUAGAUGGUAUUGAGUUUCUUAAUAAUAAUUCAAAUGGAUCUGCAAUUGAGUCAGCCAUUUCAAGAAUUAGAUAUAUUAUUACUCCAUUGAAUUUAAAAAUAAGAAUAUUUGCAUAUUCAAAAUGUAUUUCUAAUGCAAAUGAAGUUUCAGAAUGGUUGGGAAUAUUAAGAGAAAAUGUAUUUUCUUUUGAUCAAAACAUAUUCAAUGAAAGUAUUAAUAAGAGAAUUAUUGCUUUUGAUUCUUAUUACCGUUCAAGUCGUUUUCAAAUGAUGCUAAAAUACUUAAAAGACAACAUAAUUUUGCAAUUAAAUAAUCAAUCUCAAGGUAAAAAAAAAACUUUAUUAAUAUUUGUUUUGGAAUACGAAUUCUGUUUAAGCUUAGCUAAUGAGCUUUCUUUAUUUAUUAUGUCAGAAAAUGAUCAACAAGAAGAAUUUAUUACCGAAUAUAAUUCUUUAUUAAAGUUUUCAUUACAUAAUGGAAUUGGUUUUCUAUAUAAAAAUCAAUCAUAUAAAGAAAGAGAGUAUAUUUUAUCGCAAUUUUCGGAUGGAAAGAUACACAUUAUUAUAGCUUGUGAAAAUAUGAAGAAUUUUAUUACACUAAAGUUUGAUCAUGUUAUUGUAAUGGACACAAAGAAGAUUGAUUAUGAAGAAAAUAGAGGAUCAUUCAUCAAUUCAAAGAUACGAAAAACUAUUGAUUAUUCUCAAUUUGAUAUACAUCAAAUGCUAAGCAGAUGUAAAAAUCAAUUAAAUUCCUCUUCCAAUUUCACUUUACUAUGUUCUUCAAAUAAGCAAGAAUUUUAUGAAUAUAUUAUUAAAUAUUCUUUACCUUUAGAAUCAAAUAUUGAUUUUGGUAUUAUUGAUUGUUUAAAUACAGAAAUUGCUUUAAAAACUAUUAAGACUAAGCAAGAUACCAUAGAUUGGAUUACUUGGACAUUGUUUUAUAGAAGAAUUUCAAAGAAUCCGAGUUAUUAUGGACUAAUAGGAAAUACUAAUAAUCAUAUUUCAGAUUACUUGUCUGAAUAUUUAGAGAGUCUAUUAGAUUCUUUGUCCGAAGCUAAAUGUAUACAGGUUGAAAGUAAAGAGAAUGAAGAUGAAGAGAAUAUCGAAAAUUACGAAGAUGAUAAUGAAGGUGAUGACACAGUAGUAUCACUGAAUUUGAGUUUAAUAUCAGCGUUUUAUAAUUUGAGAGUCUCUACUAUAGAGUUUAUUAGCAAAAAUUUGAGUGAAAAUGUUACUUAUGACAGUUUGAUUCAGUUAAUUUCUAUGAUUCCUCAGUUACAAGAAGAAUGCUUGGUAAGAAAGGGCGAUAGCCAUAUUUUAGACCAAUUAUGUAAAGAUUUAGAUUUGAAUCAAUUGAAUCCAAGGUCGGACAAUGAAGUUUUUAAGUCAUCAUUCAAUCAAAAUAAGUGUUUAUCUUCAAGAAAGAUUCAAGUAUUAUUAUAUUCAUAUAUAAAACGCCACAAAUUUAUAUUGAAUAAGCCUUUAAUUAGAAAUGAUUUGACAGAUAUAUUGAGAUUUGUAAUGGAUUUAUUGUUUGCAAUGGUAGAUAUUUCAAGUUCUUAUGGUUGGAUUAACACAUGUUUAAGAAUAAUGGAACUUUCACAAAUGUUUGUUCAAGCAAUAAGUAAUCCAAUAAACGACAAAUUAAUGCAACUUUCAAUGCUAAUGAAUAGGGAUAAAAUUAAGGUCUUCAAAGAAAAUGGUGUUUCUGAUAUAUAUGAUUUAAUUAAUAUGAAUGAUAAUGAUAGAGAUGAUUUAUUAACUAAAAAACUUUCUUUAAAUGAAAAAGAAAUAUUCCAAAUUGCUCAAGUUUGUAAUGAUUUUCCAAUUAUUGAAACUGACUAUAGCAUUCUUGGGUGUAUUGAUUUAAGUGAGACCAAUAAAAGAAGAAGAGUAGAUUCUGAAAUUUCAAAUAAUUUAAAAAAUGGAGAAACUCAAAGAUUAUUUGAAUGCAAUACUGAAUCUGACUUGAAUUUGUCUAUUGAUAUUUCUCGAGAUUUUAGUUCAAUUGAAGAUGACUAUGAAGUAAAAGAGGAAGAUAGUUUGAAAAAUCAAUAUAAUAUUAAAGGUCAAGUAAUUAGUUCGUGUAUUGUUAAAAAUUUGAGCUAUUAUCCACUUGAAAAGGAAGAAAAUUGGUGGGUUAUUUUAAUAGAGAAGAGUAAUCCGAAUAUACCUAAGAAUAUUAAUGAUGAAAAUGAUGAUCAUGAAGACAAAAUCUUAGGUAUAAGAAGGAUACAACUUAAUAAGACAAGUAAUCAAGUUAAUUUAAGGUUCAACUCAAUUGAAGACUCUGGUAUUAUUACAAACUAUAAGUUGUUGAUUAUUUGUGAUAGCUAUAUUGGAUGUGAUCAAGAAUUUACAUUUUCUAUUAAGACAAUAGAAUCAUAG